GGCAACUACCAGGGACCUGUCUGGUGUAAGGUUACUGCGCUCCCCUUCUCCUAAACAAUUGCAAGCUGCCUCUCUUACUUCCCCACUAAGCCGAGCCUCCAAGGGACACAGUCCCGAAAUGGGAGGACCCCAAAGUGCCCUAGAAGCUGAGCAGCCCCAGCGGCAGCAGCCCUUGGAGAACGUGACCUCCCCCCCAGACAGUGAAGCCUACUAUGCUGAGACAGACAGCGAUGCUGACAACAUUGCCCAAGAAAAGCAUCGAAGAGCUCGCAAGAAGAGUCCUCGUUCCCCCCCAGGGGGACCAAAUAAUAAAGUGGGUGAGCCACAUGAUGAAGUCUCCGAGCAGAGUGGCUAUGACAGCACUCCUGAAGUGGUGGCACGAGGUGGAGAAGGAGAAAGCCUUGGUGGAGUAGCUAAGAGGGAGAUUGUGUGCCAGACAGAAAACCACAUCGACGCGCCUGUCUCAGAGAGUGAAAUUUUGCUACAACCAUACUUAUUUGAAGAGACGGAGGCGUCCCUUGAAGCCAUGCUCCUACCACAUGCAACUAGGACCAUUCGAGCAGAGCGGCACCUUAUCCCCAUGAUAGGUCCUGUGGAGCACCCGGUUGAUGAAGAUCUGACUACCAGCUAUGCAGAGAAAGCAAAGCAAGCCAAGCUUAAUCGUGGUGAGACCAUGCAAGAAAAAAAUGUGAAGGAAGCCAAAACCAAAUGCAGAACCAUUGCAUCCCUGUUGACAGAUGCCCCCAACCCCCAUUCUAAGGGAGUUCUGAUGUUUAAAAAGCGCAGGCAGAGAGCUAAGAAAUAUACCCUAGUCAGUUUUGGAAGUGUAGAAGAAGACCGCUGUUAUGAUGAAGAGGAUGGUGUCUUCCCAACCAGUGAGUCAGAGUUUGAUGAAGAAGGCUUCUCUGAUGCUCGAAGCUUAACUAACCACUCAGAUGGAGGCAAUGCCUACCUUGACAUUGAGAAGCCCAAGGGUCAUCCUGCACAUGAGCAGGCCCACCUACAGCAAGGUCUCACUGAAGUCUCAGGUAGAGGAGCACAAUUAUUUGAGCAGCAGAGGCAGAAGACUGGGAAGCAGAUGUUGGAAAAUAUGUCUGCACAGAAAUCAGAGGCAGAGCCCCCAAGUUCAACAAUUCAGCCUACACAUAGCAUAACUGGUAUUGAAGCACCAAUGCCAUGGAAGGCAGAAAAGACUCCCCUAAGCGUCCAUUUAGAAUCUGCACAAGUUUCUAGUCAACUGCCACCACCUAAUCCUGCUCAGCUCCAGUCUCCUUCUGUUAUCUUUGGAGGGGGAGCCCAGAUCUCUUCAAAUACCUCAGGCAUCUUCAACAGGUCUGCUCGGCCUUUCACUCCUGGUUUUUCUGGGCAACGUCCUAUGACAUCAUCUGUUGUGUUUAGACCCUUAGUGCUAAGAAAAGGUAGUGAGAGGGUCGGCGAACAGAGAAUGGCUGCCCCUCCUGUUUCCCUUGUUUCUCCAGGUAUGGUGCUUCCUCCCCCACCAUCAUCAGUGCAACCUAAUGACACAACAAGCACAUCUGUGUCUCUGUAUAUUCCACCUACACCAUCAUCAGUCCAGACAACAGCAGAUGGAAAAUCAGCAGCGAAAUCACUUUCCAAAGCAGGUAGAACCUCCACUGCUUCCAUAUUCCUCUCAACCUCUUCUAGACCAGCUGCAGAUGCAGUCACUGCUACAUCUCCCCUAUUAUCAUCUUCACAAACCCAGGAUACUACAUCUUCUACUUUAUAUGUUAGUCCAGUUCCACAGCCACUCAAUCAGCCACCCAUCCAGCCAUUCACCAGUAAUAUCUCUGCUAUUCCACGGCCUGCUUCUGAGCCUUUGGCCUCCAGGGAGCAGAGGGUUGCAGUUCCAGCUCCCAGAACAGGUAUCUUGCAGGAGGCCCGCCGCCGAAGCAGUAAGAAGCCCAUGUUCAAAUCUGUAGAGGAGAAGAAAAAGAAUUCUCCAAAUCCAGAGUUAUUAUCUCUUGUGCAGAAUCUGGAUGAAAAACCCAAAGGGGACCAUCAAGGGGCAGGAUUUGAGUCAGGACCUGAAGAAGAUGUUCUUAGUCUGGGAGCAGAAGCCUGCAACUUUAUGCAGUUCCCAGGCCGGAAGUUCAAGACCCCGCCUCCAGUAGCUCCUAAGCCUCAACAGUCAAAUGCCCCUAAUGGAAUGGUGAAUGGAUCUUCUCGUGCACAUGACCUAUCUCAUUUGAAGGGGAAAGGGGCAGAGCUUUUUGCUAAGCGACAGAGCCGAAUGGAUAAGUUUGUGGUGGAGGCUGCACCAACAUCAAAGCCAAGAACUCCAUCUCCUGCACCUUCUCUUCCCUCUUCCUGGAAGUAUUCACCAAAUAUUCGUGCCCCACCUCCCAUAGCUUACAACCCAUUGCACUCCCCAUUUUACCCAUUGGCAGCCAGCAAAUCUCAGGCCACCAAGACAGAGAGCAAAGUGAAAAAAGCACCAACUCACAAAAAAUCAGGGAUCAAGGUCAUUGACUUCCUCAGACAUCAACCAUACCAACUAAAUUCUGCCAUGUUCUGUUUUGGGGAGACUCCAAACGCUGGAGUCCAGGCCCCUACAAGUCCAACAGUUCAACAGUCCAGCUUGUCUUUCACACCGGCCAAACAAGCCCCUGUGAAAACAACCAGGACCUAUGAAAUUCGUCGUUUUUCCACCCCUGUCCCAAUGCCAACUUCAGGUGGUGUGGCUCCUACUGUGUUAGCUCCUCGUUCUGCUACAACAUUGGAUGAACCAGUCUGGAGAUCAGAAGUGACCUCUACUUCUGCACCUGCCUCCCCUGGGCCAUAUCAGGGAGUUCCCCUCCAAUAUCAAAGUUCUCCUGAACUCAGUGAGCCAUAUAGAGGGGCUUCCUCAAGCCGACCCACAUCAUCCCUCAGUUUCCAGGUAGCUAGACCCAGAUUUUCAGCAGCCCAAACUGGAAUGCAGGCACAUAUUUGGAGACCAGGUUCUGGUCACCAAUGAAAGAAAAAUUGAUUUUUUACAGUCAUUCUAACAUCUUCAAUUUUCUAAGUGAGAUUAGUUUCAGCUCACUGCUAAAUGUCCACUAGAUUGCAAACUUAGGUUUGUUUCUGUGCAGUGUGCAAAAUGGCCAUAGGCACAAGCCAGGUGUUUAAGCUAAAUAUUUGUCUUCAUGGUUCCCCUCCUUCUGUUUAAAUUGAAUUCCUAUAAAUCAGAUCAGUGAAGCCAAACUGGAGACAGUCUUUCUUCCUAAAUCCCUGAUCCCUCAGUUUUUUGGAUCUGCAAUUCUUCAAGAGGAUUCAACAGUUUGUUUGGAGCAGGAAAAGAAGUAGUGAAGCUAGACAGCUUUUUCAUUUGCAUGGCAGAGUAAGGCCAAUAAUUCAGAUUCAUCCGAAGCAAUAUGAAUCAGUCCAACCGUUAUAAAUACAUUUUCUCUUUGGAGAACUGACAGCCUGCCUCCCUCUAAAGCCGAAGUUAGGGAAAGAAAUAAAAUUGCCAAUAGUGGGGGGUUUUUUGCAUUUGCAGGGAAGCAUUGGUAGACAUUCAUUCCCUCAUUGUCCCCUUAUUUUGCCCUCACAUAAGUAUUCUGAAACAAACGGGACUUCUGCCUGCCUUGCAAUUUGUAUAUAUAUAUGUGGGUACCUUCGAGUCAUGUUGACUCCUGGCGGCUGCCUGGACAAGUCCCUGCAGUUUCCUUGGCAAGGUUUCUUGGAAGGGGUUGCCCUUGCCUGCUUCCUAGGGCUGGCCCAAGGGCACCCAGCUGGCCUUGGGCCUAAGGCGGCACUAGAACUCAAGCCAGUGCCUGCUUCAUCAUUCUGUCACCCACAUUUGUGGCUAAGAUGUGGGGCUGAGACCCAGAUUCAAGGGUUCCACUUAGCUCUGGACCUCCCUGGGCCAGUCAUCAUUUCUCAGCUUCCUCAAAGAGCAAUGAAAUAAGGGCAAGGCUCCGCCUGCUUCAUCAUGAACUUGUAGAGGAAGGGAAGGCUAAAAAUGCAUGCAUGCAUGCAUAAAUAAAACCAAAAAUCUGAACGCCACUGGCUCACACAAAUGUACCUGCAACCUCAACCUGUAAUUACAUGGGAGAGGAACCACAAAUUCUUUUUUUUUAACUAGACUAAAUACUUUGUAUGACUUUUAGGGCCAGGAAGGAAGACCGUGGAAAAGAUGGAAAUGGAAGUGGCAUAGAAAUGCCAUCUAGCUUAAACAGCUGUCAUUUAAAUGCAGCCAGAAGACCUUAGUCCCCAUAUGUUCCUAUGACUUGUUUGUCCCAAUUGCAAGAAAGAUAUAAAUGUAGAGAGAGUUAACCAACUGCCUCUUUUUUCGGCAGUUAUUUUCCAUAAAUCAGAAACAGCAUCUUCCAAGAAAGAGAGUAGAGGCUGAAAGAAUCUCCAGAGGAGCAAAACAUGAAGUGUUGACUACUGAAUUUGCUAAUAUAAAGGAUAGCGUUCACCUCUUAUUAGGAGAGAGCAAGUAGAAGGAGGGAGGAAAGGGAAGUAGGAGCAAGUGUGUGAAAAUUCAUGAGGCAGGAUUUGUGUUUGUACCUAAGAUGAUUGAUUUAAUCACUAAGCCAAUAGUGGAAAUCAUCAGCAAAAGUCCUUUUAUAGGCUCUUGUAAUUUAAUUAAAGAUAGCAAGUGAGGAGAAGUUAUUUUAUAGCCACUUGAAACCUCUAAAAGUGCUGGGGGUCCUAGAAGCAAGAGGAUAUUAAUCCCAGUGUUAUGUUGCUUCCACUCAGAGUGACCUGAAGUUUUGGGGUGGGGGUUGUGCUAGGAGUGCAGCGUGCAGGGGAAAGUAUUAAAAAUACCAUCUUACCCUGGCCUACCCUACCAACACUUUGACAGCUGAUGUUUAACUUUGCCACACUCAGAUGUAGGUCCUUGAUAAUUCAGUGUUCAAAUAUCCAACAUUCAGUCCAAUUUUAAAUUAGCCAAUUUACAGAAAAUUUGCAUGUACUAAAGUCAAAGGAUUGGAGUGUGCAAAUAGUAUAUUUUGUCUAGGAGGUCAGGAUCUUUCCUAAGCCGCAUGGUUUGACAUAAGCCUAAACUGCAGUUCUUGAAUUGGCUGAAUGAAUACUCUGGACAGAAUUAUUUAUAUUAUUUUGGCAGUUCAUGCUGCAUAUGUAUGGGAAACGAAUUACAGUGUAACCUAGUUUAUCUGUACCUUCAUUCAAUGGAUUUCAAAUUUUAGAUAUAAUAGGUAAAAUUUUGAUUCAAACUCUACCCCCCUUACCCAAAACCUGAUUUGCCUAAAGUAGUCUUGCAAAGGACAAUUGUUGCAAUGUAUGCCAUUAGUGUAAUCACAUAAGCAACAUUUUUAUGUAUUUUGCAUCAAUGUAUAUGUUUGCAUAAUAACACAAAUCAUGAUGUAAAAAUUUCAGUUACUUAAUUCUGCAAACAAUGUACAUUGGUGCAAAUGACAUGAAUUUGGAUUUAAGGGACAUUUAGAUUUAAUGGACUACAUCUGUGGCAGCCUGUUGAAUCAAGGUUUUGCUUUAUAGCUUUGUUUAUGCAACAUACUAAACUGGAAAACUUACUAUUUGAGCAAGCUGUCAUGUAACCUCUUCGGUCACAGCCUUUUAGCCUUACCAUGCUGUCCGUUUGGGUUUCCUACUGGUACUUAUAACAAACAUGGCUACCAGUCCUAAUUUCUGAGAAUCCAGAACAGCAUCCAUUUCAGGUUCCAAUGACACAGAGAGCUGGAAUAAAGAGCCAUAGGCAAUGGGAGAUAAUUAGGAAGCGUUUUAGCUUAACCUAUCAUGCAAGGACACAGGACCUGAAGAAGGCUGAAGAAGUGGCAGUUUAGGAAAACCUAAUGCAACUGCAAAAUCUCUUCAGGAUGCUUUAAGCAAGAAUCCUUGAUGAUGAGGCUCCAAAAAACCUUCCAGCUUUAUUACGCUCCUUUAAUACCAUAUUAUCUUUUCAACAGCAGAGGAAGGUUCUGGAAGGAUUUUAAAUAGGGUGGAUGGUGGGAUGAAUUCCAAAAGAAAUAGCAAAUAGAUUAACCAAGAAAACUGUACCUUUCAAGACUGAGACAAAUAGAGAUUAAGUGGAAGAGGCUUUCAGAUCCAAUUUUUAUAACCAAGUCAAAAUAAACAAGUCAAAAUUUUGUCAUCCAAGGUCGAAAAGUGUUGCUAGGAUUCAGCCCAUUGCAACUUUUCAGAUCUCAUGGAAUGAAGUGUGACUGUUCAGACUGUACAUGCCUCUCAGAACAGCUUGUCUGUGGUGGUCUCUGGAACCUUUCAGAACUGCUCAGAAAUAACAGAUUUCCAGCUGCCGCUCCAAAGGGCCACUUGCAGACGGUCUGUGCAUGACUGAAGCACAUGGGCUGUGCAGGCAGUUGCACUGAGAACUCUUGUAAAAAAAACUUCUUACAGGCAGGAAAUGCAUGUCGUAUUAGGAAAGUGAAGGAGCCCACUAUGGAAAUAUAGGAGGUGAGCUAGCCCAUGCCUCCCUGCCUAUUGAAUUUUUUGUAACUGGACAAUAGAUGUGACGUUGUGGUGGGAAAGACCACCACCAAGAUGCACCAGCGUAAAAGCAGGCUGCAGCUAAGCCUCUGGGAAAGGGACAGUCCUAGCUCUUCCAAUCUCUGAUGGAGAAAGACUCAAAAGUGAAAUCUUGAUCUGGAAUGCAGAAAGACACUUUGGAUGAACCUUCAUCUUUCUGAUCAUCACAUUGGCCCCCUCUGCAACAAACCCAAGAGAAACCUGUGCCAGAGCACUGUUUGUGACCCACAAUGAUGCUUCUCCUGCUUUUUCUGAAGAUUGACCAUUUCAUGCUGAAGAAAGGAACCUGCCAGCUGUAAGCCUCUCCCCCAGCCAUGCAAGGCUGUACUUCUGAAGCAAUAAUAGAACUCACACUGUUAUUCUAGAAGUAUGUUUUUUUUUCUUUCAUUUGAAGCUGAAUGUCACUUUCCAGAUGCUUGUGCUGAGGAAUAAAUUUCUGACAUGCACUUUAA